AUGAGUACUGGCCAAGGUCCAGAUCAGAUGGACUCUGCGCGAAAGCCCAGCCCGUUUGAUAAUCUUAGCAGGGAGGAUCUGGUAAAGAAAUGCAAAGGAUUACUGGGUAUUGCGCAAAAGGCGAAGCAAGCAAAAGAUGAAUGCCAGGCAGAAAACCAGCGUCUCAAAGAACAGUUAAACCAUUUCGAAACCCAGAAAAAUGCGGACAAAGAAUGCAUCAAGGCUAUGCAAGAGGUUGCUGAUUCGUACAUGGAUCAGAAGCUGCAGGCUACGAUGAAAGUGGACGAAUUAGAAAAGCAAAUAGCAAAGCUGAUUAGUGACAAGUCUUCGUGCGACAAGAAAAAUGAAGAGCUAAGAACCGAAAUAGAUCAACUAAAUGAUAAAAUUACUAUCCUAGAACGAGAUGCCAAAGCCACUUCCGAUGAGCUAUUGAAGGAACUUCAAGACGAAAAUGGAAAGCUCGAAAAAGAGCGCAUAGCAUUGGAACAGGAACUUAUAAAAGUAAAAGGCAGCCAAACUGUGCUGGGAGAUAAAACUAUGACCUCAAGAGAGGAAAAAUUAGUUCGAAAAUUGAAACUUUACAAGGCUAAGGUGCAAGAAAUCAACGCGAAACUUCUACUGUUGAAAUCGGAUCGCAAAAUCUUAUUGAAGACUGUCAAAGAAUAUUCGGAACAAGUUCCGAAGUGGCAGAAGGAUUUAGUAAAUGCUUCUAAUGUUCUAUUUGAAAAAAUACGUACCCUUGAGCUUGAACGAAGUGAUCUUCAUUCAAACUUAAAACAUCACGAACUGAUGGCGGCAGAGCUCAGUGAAAAUAAUGCAAAACUGCAGCAAAAAAUAAUCGAACUAAUGGAACAGGCCUCACAUGCUUCUCAAGAUGAAUCAGAUGGCAAAGGAGAUUCCGACAACAAUAAGAAACUCGUUGAGGAAUUGGAAAAACAAAUACAUCAUUUGAAAGCACAUGCUUCUCUGAUGGAAACCGAAAAACAACAACAAGCUUCCGAAUAUGAAUGUAAACUAAGUCACAAUACUGCUGAGAUGGAAAUGCUUCGUAAAGAUUUCGAUGCAACCAAUGAAGUUGUUUUAGAAUUAAAAACAAAAAUACAAUCCCAAGGUUCCUGUUUAUCUGAAAACGAUGAAACUAUGAAGAGUGUACAGCAAAAGCUUAACAAUAGCAUACAACAAGUUGAGUGCUAUGAAACCCAAAUUAAAAAAUUACAGGAACAACUCGAGACACAAAUAGAAGCAGAAAAACACUACAAACAGCUUCAGGAGAACUUCGAAAAUGACGUAGCUGAUUUAAAGAGUCAAUUGAAGGAAUCUCAGAACGAACAGGUUACAAACUUGAACGUUUUGCGAGUGCAAUUGAGCCAAACUGAGGAACAGUUGGUUGCUAUGAAGCAGGAAAAAGAAAUUCUGGUUAAGAAGUUGGCAGCGUUGGAAAGCGACGUAGAGAAUCAAAAACUAAAGUUGGCGGAGGAAAAUCGACAGAUUUUGCAAAAAAUGAUUGUAGAAAACCAAAACUUAGAGUUCCAAUUGGCUCAACUCGCAGAUAAGUUGAAAGGAAGUAUUGAAAAUUCUAAACAGAUUUCAAAACGUUGUGAAACGUUUGAAAAAGAAGCAGAGUCCGCAAAAUUGGAAGCCGAAAAACUUAACUCAGAAAAAAAUUAUUUGUUAGAAAAGCUGAGUCAAAUACAGAUUCAGAACGAAGACAAGCAGGAAGAACUGAUGAUCUGUUUAAAGGACAAGGACAACAAAAUAACUGAGCUGGAGCAACGGAAAGAUGAGCUGUAUUCAGAAGUUGAAAAUUUAAAAGAAAAAGCCCAUCAAAACGAAGAUUCGUUUGUGCGUGAAACACAAAGUCACGUUCAAAAUUUGGAAGAGCAAUUAUCAUCCCUCAAUAGUCAACAUGAUAGGUUGAAGUCUGAGAAUGGAGAGCUGCUCUCUGAACUAAAAGAAAUCAAUGAAAUGCUGAAAGACCGGGGAGAAGUUAUAAAUUUACAACUUUCCAAAAUAUCUGAACUUCAGGAGAAGCUUUCACGAACAGAAACGAUCGACAUAGAACCAUUCAAGCAACAGAUUAAGGAUCUACAAAAGACAGUCUUGGAAAAAGAUGCUGAGCUAGAGAAAAAUCGUGAUGAGCUGGCGGCUGCGAUGAAUCGGUCGAAUAUGAGUUUUGAUGCGCAAAGCGAUGUGAUGUCUACUUCAACAAUUUCGCGUGUUGAAGAUGUGGCCCGGUUGCGAGAAAUUGACGAAAGUUUUGAAGAAAAGUAUAUCAAACUACGAUCACUUGCAGUGAAGCUAAAAAAGAAAGUAGCGGAACAGACUGUAUUGAUUCAAAAGUAUGAGAGAGAUUCAUCAGCCGGGUCCAAUGUAAUAUCUGAUUCAUUACAACAAACAGCGAAUAAGAACUUGCAAUCAUUGCAAAUCGAAAAUGAUAGGUUGCAAGAUCAAUUGGAUAUUAUGAAGCAAGAGGAAAUAAACCUGAGGGAAGAGUUGACACAAAAGACGAUUGAGUUAUCAGCGCUAGAGCAAGUCCAUAAAGACAUUUCAGGCUCAAACAAGGAUCGAAACGAGCUGGAAUCUGCCGUAAAAGAAUAUCAAACGCAGAUACAAUCCCUUAAACGGGAGAAGGAAGCAUUCCAGAUGGCAAAACGGGAAAUUGAUGCAGAAAAUCAGCGACUUAAGUCCAGUCUCGUAGCGAAGGAAAAGGAGCUGACCGACGGAUUAGAGCAGCAAAAGGAGCUUAAAUCUGAGAUAGAGCGCACGAAACUUGCGGUGAAAAAGGCGAACGUGCUGACUCUGGAAAUGGAAGCUUACGAGCGCUCACUGGCCGAACUAAAUAGUAAGCUAGAGACGAAGAAAAUGUUGGUCAAAGAACUGGAAGAAACGAUCGACGUGCAAGAGCAAUCAUUCAAGAGCCUCAAGCAGCAAAUGGUUCAACUGGAGGAAAACUUGGAGUCGGAACAAAAGCACGCACAUGAGUUUAAGCAAGAAGCUGACACCCUUCAAGGGAAACUACGUCAAAGUGAACAACAGCGCCAGGAAGUUGCGAACCAGCUAGAAGAGUUGCGUGAUCAGCAUGAAAGAUUGAAACAACGGGUAGAAAAUAAUCGCGUAGAAGUAGAGCAAGUAGCAGCCGAGAAGGAGAAAGUUUGCGGCUCGCUCGAAAUCGAAAAGAACGCAUUGCAUAAACAAAACCUUCUCCUGGACAGUGAACUGAAUGCGUUGCGUAAGGAAAUGAUAACCAAACAGCAGGAAGUAGAUGAUGUUCGAACUGAAUUUGCUAGCUACAAAAUCCGUGCCCAAUCGGUGCUGCGACAGAACCAGAAUAAGGAUAGCAGCCGGGAGAAGGAGCUGGAGGAGGAAGUAAACCAAUUGCAACGUUCUUUGGAUACCAUGGAGAGCAAGCAUCAAGCGUUAGUGAAGCAAGUAAGCAAUCUUUCGAAAAAUAACGAAGAAUUGAGAAAUGAGAAGGAACGGACGCAGAACCGUUGUAAGGAUCUUCUAGCACUAUUGGAAGAAAGUCGAAUACAAAAUGAUUCGAUGAUGGAAGAGUCAAGGAAAGCAAACCAUGAGCAUCAAGAAGCUCUUAAAACACAUCGCAUCCAGAAUGAAACGCUUAUCCAGUGCUACAAGAAACAGCUCGAAGAGCAGCAGACAAACCACACCCGAGAGAUGGAACAACUACGGAAAACUGAGCGAAACCGUUCCGAAGAAUCCUCAGAUGCUACGGGCUUGGCUUUGGGAAAUGUUUUAAACAACAACUCUCAUGCAUUGGGGGGAGUGGGAAACAUCUCAGGCAGGGCAAUGUUUUCCGAUGAACAGCGUAUUAAUUUAUUGCUCAUGGAACGAGAAGAUGGUGAAGGAUCGGAAAGUACCAACUUAGGAACCGGAACCGGUGCGGCAGGCACAUCACGAAGGAAGCUAUCCACUUCCUCGUCGAUUCGAGGCCGCAACAAUCGUGAAGUUAUCCCACUGGAUGAGCUGUUAAACUCUUCCUUCGAUGACUCGGCAUCUGUCGUUGUCGCGGACGGAGCGAUCGACCAGCUGCAAGGUUCGAUGUUCGGCAGAGAAUCAUCACCAACGUUAGAGCUGCAGCAUACGAAGGAGCAGCUGACCAAGCAGGAGAGUCGUGUUCGCCAUCUAACCGCACUGCUAGCUGAGGCAGAGCAGGAUUUAGCCAAACUGACCCAGCUAAACGAGCUACUAAAAGAAGAGGUUCGUCGUCAGCAACGGUCCAUCGAGCGGGAAGCGCAUGUACAUAAUUCAGAGUAUUUGAAAAAUGUGAUAUUCAAGUUUAUUACUUUAAACAAUGGGGAUGAGCGGUCAAGAUUGGUGCCUGUGCUAAACACGAUACUUAAGCUUAGCCCUGAAGAAACACAAAAACUGCAGAACGUAGCCAAUGGUUCCGAUGCGGGUGCCCGUGGAUGGACGGGUUUGCUAUGGAGCUAAAAGAGGUGGAAUUUAGUUUCAGUAAUUUCAUUCCUGGUUAGAUUUGGUGGUUCUGGUAUCAUUAUAAAAAAAACUAGCCUAGUUAGAUAGUUCCUAUAAAAUAUAAAAUGCGCUGCUGGUUUAUUACAGCCUUUGCCCAUCCCGUCCGAUUUUAGCAAAGCUCGAACAAUAUUUGCAAGAUAGUACUUCAUUCCUAAAACCUGUUCUAUUGCAGCGAUCAGUUUUAAUGCAAUAUAGUGCAAUGUGUUUUAUCUUAGGUUCUAAAUUGAAUAAUGGUGAAAAUAAUAUUAUAAUCGUUCGUUCUAUCUACGUUUGCACGUAAUAGCUGUAUGGCAUUCGGUUAAGUGAUGUAUAUAAAAAUGUAAAUUUCAUUUCUUGUCCUAGAAUAUGAUCUGCUGCUGUUGAAAACUUUUGAAAAAGUAUACUGAAAAUAAAAGGUAUUUUCGAAAAUAAAGAAAAACUA